GUCCUGUGUGAAAAUUCAAGCACCCACCGCAUGAGUAUUUCCACGUUGUUGCUUAUGGGAAAGAGAAGGAGCAGUCUGAGGCAGAACUGAAGGGAACCGGAGGCCGCCCACCUGCGGAAGAGGCCCUGCGGCAGCGGGGGAGGUCAGGGGCGCCUUCCCCAGGCUCUGCCCCGCAACAGGCCGCUGCGCCCCCCGGCCCGGCGGGCGGCUGCCCGGCCCCCGUGUGCCCGGCCCCAGCCCGGUACAGCGGCCGCCCGGCCCCGCCCUCGCUGCCGCUCCCGGAGCCGGUAACCAGGAAGCGGUAGCAGGAAGCAGCGGCGGGCGCGGAGCUUCGGGCAGGGAGCAUGGCCGCCGGAGGCCCGGCGUGUAAAAACCAUUGCCAUGGGCCUCAUCGACCUCAUGCGCACAACUGUCAUAGCGCCCAUGGGGAUAAAGAUCUGCCAGUGCUACAAGGACCGAAUCCCAUUGUUGAAGACCCCAGCACCUGUGAUAUUGUCAAGGCUACGCAGUAUGGAUUUGUAGAGCGAUGCAAAGAACUGGUAGAAGCAGGGUACGAUGUUCGACAACCAGACAAAGAAAAUGUGACUCUUCUUCACUGGGCAGCGAUAAACAACAGACAGGAGCUGGUUAAAUAUUAUAUUUCCAAAGGGGCAAUAGUGGAUCAGCUAGGCGGAGAUUUGAAUUCAACUCCCCUUCACUGGGCCAUUAGACAAGGACACCUACCUAUGGUCAUGUUACUGUUGAAAUGUGGAGCGGAUCCCAGUCUUAUUGAUGGGGAAGGAUUCAGCAGCGUUCAUUUAGCAGUGCUGUUUCAGCACAUGCCCAUUGUUGCUUAUCUCAUAGCAAAAGGCCAGAACAUAGACACAACAGACUUGAAUGGACAAACACCUUUAAUGUUAUCAGCACAAAAAGUGAUUGGACCAGAACCCACGAGGUUUCUCUUAAAGUUUAACCCCUCUCUCAAUGCUGUAGACAAUGUUCAAAAGAACACUGCACUGCAUUGGGCAAUAACGUCAGGCAAUACUAGUGCAGUGGAUCUCUUGCUGGAAGCUGGUGCUAGCCUGGACGUAAAAAAUGUCAAGGGAGAGACACCAGUGGACCUUGCUUAUCGAAGUCUGAAUCGCUUCAUGGUUUAUAUGGUAAAAGAGGAAGAAAGAAUGAGAAGCAGAAGAAAUAACAGGUUACUGAAAACAGUAGAGAAAUAUGAGGUCUUCCUGCUGUGGGCGUCUUCCUUGACGUUGAUGUGGGCCAUAGGACACGUGGUGAACUUAAGUUCUGAUUCUUGGCUUUUGAAAGGAGGUCUGCUUCUCUUCCUGCUCUUUGGGAUGGCUCUGUUUGUGAGGCAAUUUGUGGGGCUCAAGAAUCUAAGGUAUCUUCCCACAGCAUUUCUGCUAAGUUCAAUUUUUUGGAUGUCCGUGACCUGGUUUCUCUGGUUCCUGCCUGAUGUGACCAAUACAAUUCUUGAAAUCACCGUCAUGUUCAGUGUGGUGGGUCUCCUUUAUUAUUUUUAUAAAACUUGGAGAACUGACCCUGGAUAUAUUAAGACUUCAGAAAAAGAAAGAAAAGAGAACAUUGUAGCUCUUGCAGAAGCAGGUUGCUUGGACUUCAGAACAUUUUGCACAUCGUGUCUUGUAAGGAAGCCUUUGAGAUCUAUGCACUGCCUGGCUUGUAAUUCAUGUGUAGCCAGAUAUGACCAGCAUUCUCUGUGGAUUGGACAGUGCGUAGGCAUUGGGAACCAUCGUUACUACCUAUUGUUCCUGUCUUUCCUAACUAUGACCGGUGUCUGGCUACUUUAUGGAACUCUUCUCUAUUGGUCAAACCAUUGCGCAACAAGUUAUCAUCAAGAUGGAGCAUGGACGUACUUCACCCAGAUAGUAUGUUGUUCUCCCUGGGUUUCCUACAUCUUCACAGUAGCCUGUUUUCAUACUCUGUGGGCUUCGCUGGGGCUGACUGUUCAGCUUUAUCAGAUUGCAUUCUUGGGAUUGACCUCGCAUGAGAGAAUGAACCUCCUGAUGCAGAGAAAAUCUUCUAAGCAUCCUGUUUCAGUCAGGAGAACUCCGUACAAUCUUGGAUGCUUCCAGAAUCUUGCAGACUUUUUUCAGUGCAGUUGCUUUGGUAUGUUCAAACCCAAUGUAGUUGACUGGACCAAGCAAUACAACCUUUUUCAUCUGGCAAAGGAGAAAAACAUUCAUUCUGUAUGAGGUUGUGCUGAAUUUCUAAAACUGUGGAGCUGAAAGCUAAAUAAAACUGGAUAUUUUGUUAAUUUUUACAAAAUCUUCUGAAGUUGCUUGGCUUUGUUAUUGUUUCAAAUAUUAAACCUAUCUUGCGUAAGCUGCAGCAGGUUUGUAUAUGGAACAAUCACUAUAUGUCUGUUUAUAUAGUUUGAGCUGAAACUACUUGAAAUUUUAUGUGAUGAGAUGACACUAAGAAUAUAUUUUUAAAGGUAAGUUUUUAGGGCAGAAUUUCAAAACCGUGUUGGUACCCUUUGCUUUAUUUUGCAGAUAAUAAAAGAAAAUUAUAUUUGAAAAUUAAGAGUGUUC